UGAUCGGGAAGAAUUUACGUCAUUUUCGCGCGUAAAACCGGCAGUACCGUAUCUCAACAUUCUGAGAUUAAAGAAGAGAAACUGAGGAAGAUCGAUCGAAAGUAACAGAACGCGAAACACGACAAAUGUAUAACGUUACUUAAGAAGCGCGAGAGACGGCAAAUAAUCGAUAAAAACGGCCUACGAAGUAGCGAACAGGCAUAGCGAAAUGUCAGCGGGUCGGGUAGUAGGAGCGAGUGCGGCAGUAGAGGUAGAGCGAGACUUCCGCGAUCGCGGAUGGAAAUAUUGAUCUAGGAUAAGAAGAGCGUCUCUUUCUCUCUCUGUGUAUACACACACUGGAAGGCGCGUCGCGUCGCGUCGUCGUGCGUUAUCGCAAGUCACGUUUGUAAUUAGAAUACUCGUUGCGUAACCGAUCGUGCCAAGUCGCGAGCUGUCAAAGUACGACGCGCCAAGCCGCGAGCUGUCAAGUACGACCAAGCCGUGAGCUGUCAAAGUACGUCGCGCCAAGUCACGAGCUGUCAAAGUAUAUCGCGCCGAACCGCGAGCUGUCAAAGUACAAUCAAGCUGUGAAUUGUCAAAAUACGAUCAAGCCGCGAGGUGUCAAACGUCGCGCCAAAUCGCGAGCUGUCAAAGUGCUUCGCGCGUAUGCGCGAGAUUUUCGCAGAAUUUUGUACGCGAGUCGACGUGCACGUCACACUUGCGCGGCGGAGGGGAGAAGGCGCCCCCGCGCAUCGUCGGAUCGAGCGAUUACGUAGGCGAUUUAGAUACAUUUCGAUUAGAAUUUAUAAUUAUCAUUCUCGCUCCGUCGCGAAGAUCAUCACGGAAGAGCUCGCUUUCAGCAACAUGCGACCGACUGACACGCUAGAAACGUCAAGAGUCCUCCGAGGCGUCGUUGUUAUUCACCCUCCUCGGUGAAGGACGGAGGGAGGAGUCUCCCCCAAAAAGUGGGGCUCUGCUACGAGACUACGCGGCCCGUUAUCGAGAACUAUCCUGGACGUUUGCGGCACCGGAUGUGGCACGGAUAUAAGCGACGUUAUCGAACAGCUUUUUGUAUAUGUAACGAGGCUAAUUGACGGCGAUAACAACCGUCGUGCGUUAUAAAGUGUUCGUGACAUCUGCGGGAGAGUCUCUCUUCGACGUGGGAGUUGCGCGUCGACGCGCGGAAGCAUCCCCGAAACCCAAUUCUCGCCCCGAAUUAUGCUUGCUCUUCAUCGUUUUGUAUUCUCCGCCGAUCGGCUCGAUUUGCGACCCCAUCGGUGCGGAUACCAAGACUUCGUAGACGAGGAUAGCCCGGAGUCGAGUUUGGGGAAGCGAAGUAUUUUCGCGAACGUCGUAAACAGACGGAUUUCCGUGCCAACGAACGCUUAGAUUUCCUAGCUGAAAAGUUUGAAGAAUGAUCUAGAGUAUCAUCGAAGGCGUAUGAUGUGUCAUAUUAAUCGGAAGAAACCAACGAGAGAGUGAUCACAUGACAGAAAGAUGCCUCUGCCAAAUAUUCUGCGGAAAGCGAGCAGCUACAUCCUCGGCGACUGCGGCCAGGACAAUCGGCGGGUCAUUUACCAGGACGGCGAGGCGUUGUUCUGUAAGAAUAACGUCUGCGUGCACCCACCGACGUUGUUGAGGCAGCACGCCGACGUGGUGCACCAUCCCGGGUACAUGACCGUCACGUGCAAACUGAACAAGAACUCGAAUUUGCCGACUCUACACCUCAGCUGGAUACCCAACAGCACGCUGCGGAAGCAUCCGACCGCUCUGGAGAACCUGAGCGCCAGAAACGUCAUCGCCGGAGCCGCCGCGGCCGCCAACGAUCAGACCAAUCCGCGUUCCCCACAAAUCUCCGUAAGAGGAAAGUCACGUGGCGCGGACGGGCUGGAGAACGAGAACGAGAACGACGCUGAGAACGGGAACGGGAAGCUGGACGUUUGCCUGGAGGCGAAGGAACCCGUCAACUGCGGCGACUGCGAGCGCGUCUGCUCCGGUUCCGGCCACGAGUUUUCACGCCGCCAAGAUCCGGACGACGAGAAGAAUGUCGGCGAGAGAAUCGAGAAUCCGCGACCGGAUUCCGCGGAGUCGAAAAAAUGUGAGAAGAACGGGGACUCGAAGGAGAGGAAUCUUAACGAGAGCGACGCCAGGAGCGUCGACGAGGAGCCGCGUCUCUCUUACCGCGACGAUGUCAGCAUUAAGAGUCGCAGCUUGUCGUUGACUUCGACGUGCAGCUUGUCGAUCUCGGUAUCUACUGAUGCCGAGGAGAUGCCGACGUGGAUGAGGUCCCCGGAGCUCUUAGCUCUUCAGCACAAUCUUGCCUUUCCCGAGAGCGCGACCGCGUCACCUGUGACGUUGCGCAGGGCGCAUCGAUGCAGAAGAUUCUCGGUGGACCUCGGUGAGAUGCGAUCCUUACGGCUGUUCUUCGCCGACCCUGCUUGCACCUGCGGCCAGUUGGUGGUGGCCAGCAGAGAGAGCCAAUAUAAGAUCUUGCACUUUCAUCACGGCGGCUUGGAUCGGUUGGCCGCGACUCUGCAUCAGUGGCAUCAGUUGCUUUAUCCACGCCAGAGUGCGGACACGGAGGAGACUCUGCCGUACAGGCACUUUAUGGUAUGCAGACCGGAGGUAAGUAGGGACGAAUUGCAUCCCGAAGAGGGCCAAGUGCCAAUGAUCACCUCGCUAGCUUGGAAAGACCUGUUGAACGAACGUGGCCAAGUGGAGGACGAUCUCGCUCUUCGUAAAGGGAUAUUUUUCGGUGGUUUGGAACCGGCGUUACGAAAGAUUGUCUGGCCGUUUCUGCUACACUGUUAUUCCUAUCAGAGCACGUACGAGGAUAGAGAGCAAAUCGACGCUAUUAGACGCCAAGAAUACGAGGAGAUACAGAGACGCAGAUUGGGCAUGAAUCCGGAGCAGGCUGAGCGUUUCUGGCGACACGUGGUGUGUAUAGUUGAGAAGGAUGUUGUUCGCACCGAUAGAGGUAAUCCCUAUUACGCCGGCGAGGGUAAUCCUAACAUCGAAGUAAUGAAGAAUAUUUUACUCAACUACGCGGUAUACAACUGCCGCUUGGGCUACACCCAAGGAAUGUCUGAUCUCUUAGCUCCGUUACUAGCCGAACUUAACUCCGAAAUCGAGGCCUUCUGGUGUUUCGCGGGCCUGAUGCAGAGAUCGGUAGCUGUGUGCACUCCGACCGACACAGACAUGGACAGAAAUCUAUGCUACCUUCGGGAAUUAGUGAGAAUAAUGGUGCCGGACUUUUACGCGCAUCUUGAAAAACACGCGGACGCUUUAGAGCUUCUCUUCUGUCAUCGUUGGAUACUCCUGUGCUUGAAAAGAGAAUUUCCAACUGAGAUAGCCCUGGUCAUGUGGGAGGCCUGCUGGGUCAAUUAUUUAACGGAUCAUUUCCACUUGUUUCUCUGCCUCGCUAUAAUGUGCGUCUACGCGGACGACGUAAUCGCUCAGGAUCUGCGAACGGACGAAAUGUUGUUGCAUUUCAGUUCACUGGCCAUGUACAUGGACGGGAAUAUUAUACUUAGAAAGGCACGAGGCCUACUUUAUCAUUUUCGUCAGCUCGUCCGGUUGCCUUGCACGUUAGCCGGUCUCUGCCGACAAUGCGGUCCGGGGAUGUGGGACAGCACGCACGACCCGGUGAUAGAGUGCAUAGGUCACGAAGACACGAAUUGUCCCUAUUUAAAUAAUUACGAGUAAGUUUAUAAGUUUUUAUAGGAGAAGAGACGAGGGAAGAAGAGAGGAGUAUCAGUAUUAUUUAACGUAUAGACAUGAACUCAUUUCGUCGAGUUGUUAAAUUCUAAGUCCUUGUUCUCUCUAUACAUCUUGCUCUUUCUGGAUACAGGGUGUCCCAUAGGAAAUUGCUGAAACUAAUCAGCUCUCAUUUUUUA